AUGUUUAGAUCCUAGCCGAUAGUAGAGAAACCAAAGAUCAGGUGUGAAACCAUAGACGUGGUGAUGAGAUCUAAGGAUUCUAUUCCAGAGGAGACCUAUUCCCAAAGAUUAAAGAUAAUAAAUUAGAGAGUAUGUGUUGUUAACACUUUCAAUCGUAUCAUCAAUGUGGACAGAGUGGGACACAGACUGCAAAGGGGCUAGCUCUUGAGGCACUUGAGGGAAUUCUACAGUCAGAUCAUUGUCGAACAGAUCAAUAGAGUUCUAAAAGUGCCAGAUACGUUGACACUGCAGAUGUACGAAUAACUAGUAAUCUCAUUAUAACAAUUGGACAGAAAGCAAUACCUGAAUCUCUGCUUUCAAAUAUACGAUUUAUCAGGACAAGGUGUAAUCACUAGUACAAACUUGCUCUCUAUCCUUUCAGUAGAGAAGAAUACUUCAAUUAUUGAGAAUGACAUUCUCACUAUGAUUUAACUUCGGUCGAGUCUACUUAAGUCAUAGUUGGAUAAGAGUGAAUCAUCCAGGUUACCUAAACUUAGAACCAUCGUAAUCAACCACAAAAGAACUUCCAAGGGCAAACGGAUGAUGAUCUCUCAAGUCGAGGAUGAAGUAGAUCAAAUUGUUAUACAUCCCAUUAAUAGAUUGAAACUCAUUGAUAAAAAUCAGUUUUUCAAGAUCUGGAAUGACCAAAUCCCUGGAAUAAUUUAAGACCUCUUCAAAAACUUGAAUGAUUAUUAUUAUUAAUGA